AAUUAACGUCACAUGCUGAUCAUAUGAUCAGGGAACAGGGUUUUGCGAAAAUAGAAAAUCUUGAGAAAAUUAUUAAAGUAAUCAUUAACGUCUAGUUUUUAGUGGAAGAAGGGAAAAUGGCAGGUAGUCUUGCAGGAGCUGACCCAAAAAUCAAAGAGAUGAUGACAUCUCUUGACGACGAUAAAAUUGAUAUGCUGGCUGCUACUAGUGUUCUUCAACAAAAAGCAACAGAUGUUCGCAACCAGAAAGUCAAUUGGCAAUCUUACGUUCAGUCACAAAUGAUUUCUCAAGAAGAUUACAAUUUUAUCGCGGCAUUUGAUACCUCUGACAGUCAAAAAAAGGAUGCUCUCCUGAGGAGUGACAGAAACCAAGCUGCUCAGACUCUACUGAACCUUUUAGGUCAUGUUUCUAAGGACCAAACACUUCAAUACAUUUUGGUUUUAAUUGAUGACAUGCUGCAGGAGGAUCGCAGCAGAGUUGAAAUCUUUCAUGACUAUGCCAAGAAAAAAGAAUCAGUGUGGGUACCUUUUUUAAACCUUCUAAAUCGCCAAGACGGUUUUAUUACAAAUAUGACCUCAAGAAUAAUUGCGAAAAUUGCUUGCUGGUCUCAGACACCCAUGGAACGUGCUGAUCUUCAUUUCUACCUCACCUGGUUGAAAGAUCAACUAAAAUCACAGGAAAUAAAAAACAAACUUCAUACCGCGAAAAAUGUGGUACCGAAAAAGAAGGAGAAACGCGGUUGCUACAGCAUCAUCGCAGGCGCAAACUCCAUCUUAUUCGGCAUGUCGCUUGCAGAUGCAGCGAAGGUUGCGCAAGAGAAUAAUGAAUACAUCCAAUCCGUUGCCAGAUGCUUGCAAAUGAUGCUACGCAUUGACGAAUACAGGUUCGCUUUUGUGUCAGUAGAUGGCAUUUCCACACUUCUUUCCGUAUUGGACAGACGUGUCAACUUCCAGGUUCAAUACCAACUGAUCUUCUGCAUCUGGGUGUUGACUUUCAACCCUCUUCUGGCAGAGAAAAUGAACAAGUUCAAUGUUAUCCCAAUUCUGGCUGACAUUUUAAGCGAUUCCGUUAAGGAAAAAGUUACCAGAAUCAUACUUGCUGUGUUCAGAAACCUUAUUGAAAAACCAGAAGACGCCCAAGUUGCUAAAGAACAUUGUAUAUCGAUGGUACAGAGCAAGGUUUUGAAGCAGUUACAGAUUUUGGAACAACGCAAGUUCGACGAUGAAGAUAUUACUGCCGAUAUUGAGUUUUUGUCGGAAAAAUUGCACUCUUCGGUUCAAGAUCUUAGCUCGUUCGACGAAUAUGCUACGGAAGUUAAAUCUGGCCGCUUAGAAUGGUCUCCGGUACACAAGAGUAAAUUCUGGCGUGAAAAUGCCCAGCGCCUGAACGAAAAGAACUACGAACUUCUUCGCAUUUUGAUUCACUUGUUAGAAACAAGCAAAGAUCCCUUGGUACUUGCUGUGGCCAGCUUCGAUAUUGGCGAAUAUGUAAGGCAUUAUCCACGCGGCAAAAACGUGAUUGAACAACUAGGCGGCAAACAACGAGUGAUGCAACUCCUCGCCCACGACGACCCCAACGUCCGUUACGAGGCCCUUUUGGCCGUCCAGAAACUGAUGGUGCACAACUGGGAAUACCUCGGCCGUCAGCUCGAACAGGAGGCCGGCGUCGAUAAAAACGCACCCAAGGGCGGAGCGCCGGUGGCUGGCAAAGCGUAAUUAUUUGUCACCCUUUUCCCAACAUCUGUACCAAAGAACAAUCUAGCCAAGACUUAUUAGUAAAAGGCAAAUUUUUUGUUGUGACUUUCUUAAACUUUUAAAGUGGUCAACAAACAUUUUAUAUAAUAUAAUAUAUUGCUUGUUUUAAAAUAAUUACAUUAGUCCUAUCCCAUAUUUACUCGUCUUAAACCCAUAUUUCAAAACUUGUUAAUUGGAUUAAAAAUUGUUUAUUUCUCUAUGAGGGAUAUUAAUAAAUAAUUUGUUCAACACAUUCCUAUAACUUGUAGUGCAAUAACUUCUGAAGAGGUUUAAUUUGUUAUCAAUACCUCUUUUAGUCUUUUUUUUAAACUCAAAUUAUAUAUACUAUAUUGUAAUUUUCCAAUUUGACCUUAAUAAUAGACAUUGCAUUCAUUGUUGUUGUAAUUAUAUUGUAGAUAUAAAUUAUAGAGAUUAUUAAAAGUG